UACAACACCUUGAUAUCAAGCACUCUACCAGAUAAUGUCCGACACAGACGCGAGAUUGCAGCAGGCGGACGCAGCCUCUCAAAAGCUGCUCGACUAUACGAGAGAAGAGUGGAAAGUUAUCAAGCGCUCGUCGGGAGUCGUCGUGUCUUGUCGGAACGUGCCCGAUCGCAGUGAGAAAAUCUAUAAGGGCGAGGGCGAAUUGGACGUGUCGCCUGAGCAGGCACUUCAUUACGUAACACCAGGAAAUGAUUUACCACGAAAGCAAUGGGACUCGACGACAAAGGAAUGGAGAGAAAUAGAGAAGAUAGACAAGGACACGGUCGUCAUUCAGACAAUAACAAAAGCUGCCAUGGCCGGGUUCAUCAAGGGUAGAGACUUUGUGGAUGUGGUGUCGAGCAGGCGUCUGUCCGACGGCACGCGUAUCCUUUCCGCUGAGUCUACAGACCACCCACAAUGCCCACCCGAGUCCAAUCACGUGAGAGGGACCAACUUGACUUCUGGUCUUGUAUGUCUACCUAUGCCAGGGGAGCCCAAUAGGACCAAAUUGGUUUUCCUUAUUCAGAGUAUACUGGGUGGCAUGUUGCCUACUGCACUGGUCGAGUCUGCGAUGCCUGCUAGCAUCAUCAAAUUCUACACCGAGCUACGAAAUGCUUUGCAGAAUGCACCGAGGUGGGUCGAGUCGGAUGCUCCAAGAGCUAUAGCAUCUAACACUAUGGUGUGAACUUCAUAACUAAAUCCACAUAUAGUGGCAUAAUCAUAGGUGAUAGAUCAUCAGUAACAAACAGGAGUACACAUUUAAUACUUAUAAAUGAUUAUAAGCAUUAUCAAUGGUAGUUUGACAUACAACACGAUGAGUAAAAUGA